AUGACUUAUGAUAGUUCGUCGAAUUCCUGCACCUGUGAUUCCGGUUUCUACAUGACAGUUGUUGGAGAUUGCCGACCAGCGAGUGAAAAUGUUCUCACUUGGUGGGACGAUAGCUGGGGUAGCUGCACUGGAGGCUGGCGUCAUCGCAAAGUAAACAGCUGUGCACGGGAAGAUAAAGGAUCUACAAGCGCACCAUGGUGGAGCCGAGAUUGCUUCAGAUUCAAGUUUUCUGAAAAGUGCAACGAUGCUUCUCUUACCAAUGCAGAUUGUACAGAUUGGUUUGCUGAAUACAAUUCUGGAUCCGGCCUUUGUGAAUGUAAAUCUGGCUACACAAUGACCGAAAAAGGAUGCACAAGCUGGAAUAACGUCAAAAAUGAUGCUGGCGAUAGGCUUAUGGUUGAAAUCCAAGCUCGAUUGACUCACAUCCACUCUACUGGAACUCUUUCGACAAUUAAUGAUAAACGGCUCGCUGCUUUCGAACGAUUUUUUGAUAACAUGGAGAAGAAGGCGAUCAAUAAGGCGAAAUCGGGGUGCGGAAAGAGAGGCAGAAGCAUCCAUAGCGACUUCAUUGGAGCUCACGAAUCUCUCUAUGCUGAUUUCCAGACUCAAUCCGCCGAAGACAUCGGAGACUACGAUGCUCUUCGAGAACUAGUCUAUCUCUACAAUCACUGGCAGCAGCUUCUUCUCUGGAAUUGCCCAAGCUCAGGUUAUGGCAACGAUCCUUUGGACGCGACAGAUGCGACGGGAGAAACCUGCACCAAUGCAAACAAGAAAGCGACUUUCAAAUGCCGAAUUCAAUUCCAAUUCGACAUUCUCUUCGACAGAGUCUUCAAGCAAAACACACUCGAAUGGUAA